AUGGGUAUGAAUAAAUAUGGCCACAGCAAGGACAUACCGAAUGAAAAACAAGAAAUUUUGAUUGGAAAUUUACAACCGUUGACAAACUAUACCGUGGAAAGAGGAAUGCGAAAUAAACGCGGCGUUGGACCAGCAGCCAGUGUAAACAUUACAACAACAGAAAAACCAGAGGUUCGUCAUGAUGAUGAAACGCUUAAACUUAUCAUCGCAUCGGAUUAUCAAAUUUUACUGCAAGGAUCGAGAUUCUUCUAUGAAACACCGACUUUUAUUUACAACAGCAGCGAUGUAAUUACUGGCAUUGGUAUACAUGUCGCAAAGAAAUUGAUUUUUAUCGCCGAUACACACAAUAUUUACAGAGCACCGCUGAGCAAUUCAACAUUACAAUCACGUGUGCGUAUUUAUGCAACAGAAAAUACGAAUCAAGGUCCAUUGGGAUUGUCUGUCGAUUGGUUGAAUAAUAAACUCUACAUUUUAUUCGAGAGUGAUACUACGAAUCAAAAAGCUUGGCAAAUCUCUCGUUGUAAUUUUGAUGGCAGCCAUUUACAAGUUGUGUACGGUGUACUUCAAACGAAACCGAUUCAUUUUCAAGUGGAUCCAUUCAAUGGAUAUUUGUUUUGGUCGUUUAGUAGCGGUAGUAAAAGUGACGGUGGUCUAUAUCGCUUUGAUUUAAGCGAUGUAUCAAAUGGUGUAAAACAUGAAAUCGAGCCAACACGUAUAUUCAAUCAACAUGAUAUCGGUGUAUUUACAAUCGAUUACACCAACUACAAGAUAUUGGCGCCAAUUGAAGAGCUCAAUACCGUAAUAUCGAUAUCAAUGGAUUCGAAUAGUGAUAAAUACAUAGACAUUCGCAACAAUACCCAAACACCAAUGUUUCAUUCGAUCAAAUCGUUUGCAUUGGCCAAUGAUGAUUUAUUUUAUUGGUCAAAUGGUUCGCAUAUUUUAACAGAAGAAUAUCAUGAAUUGAGCGAUCGCUAUUACACUAGUAUUUACAAAGAGUUUGCGCAGCUGAAACAUUUCAUAUUUUUUGGUAUGUUUCCAUCAGCUCAACCGACACCCAAGCCAUUGAAUCCGCCGAGUAACGUGCAGGCGCUGUUAAGUGUUGAUCGGGCAAAGGUAUCGUGGCACAUCCCGCACCUUUCGAGUAUUCAAAGUCGAGGUGCAUGGCAAGAUUGGACAUACAAACUAGAGGUCAUCGAUGAAGAAAACACCAACAUAAAUCAAACAUUGAAAGAAAUUAAAGCGAUUCACUACACAGUGUCCGAUUUGAAGCCGAAUACAAAGUAUCGAUUUCGUGUUAACGCCUACACAAAUGCCGGUUCAGGUCCUUAUAGCGUUGAGUACAUGGGCCAGACAUUGAAAAAAGCGGACAAUCGUGAAAUAGUUUGGUCAUCGCACGAUGGGCUCAUUCAAAGCGACAUAUUGGCCGAGAAGAUGCAUACAUUGAUUCCACAACUAACACUAAACGCAUGCAAUAUCUCCAAUCUCGAAUGGUUCGAAGAUAUUUUAUACUAUGUUUGUGGCAAAUUAUUGUAUUCAUUCAAUCGAACUACAAACGAUACAAAAAAGUUGGACGUCAAAGAUUCAGUGCAAGCGAUUGCUGUUGAUUGGAUCGGUCGCCGUUUAUAUUGGUUCAAUCCAUUACAUCAGGUGCUCACUCGUGGCAAUCUCAUCAACUUCGAAUCGGAAAUUUUAUUCGCAUUAACUGCCGUUGAAGUUGACAUUAAAAUCGAUGCGAUUCGAGGUUAUUUGUACUUUUCAACUGGAAAUUCGGUGGAAUAUUGUCGUUUAAAUUGCAAUGAUAAAAACCGAAAAAAAUUCUAUACUAUUGAAUCGUUUACCGGACAAAAGGUGAUGGGUUUGACAUUAGAUUUUGAUACAAGUCGAGUUUAUUGGAUUAUUCGCGGUUAUGAGUCAGCAAUGUUGGCGAUUGCACCAUUGAUUUAUGAUGAAUACAGCACCGUUGUGAUAGAAGAAUUUAUAUUGACCGAAAAUAAAAUUCUGGGACCAUUGGCAUAUCUGAGCAAUCGAUUAAUGUGGCUUCAAGAUGAUCAUAAGAUUGUUGUUGGAAAUUUGACCGGCAAAAAUUUGGCACACAUUGAAAAUAUUAAAUUGAGCGAUUUGAGAGCAUUUCUAGUCAUCGAUAAAACACAACGAAAUAUUCCCGAAUCGGAUGAACCAUUGAAUGUUAUUCCUGAGGCGGUAAAUUCAUCGACCAUUCAAGUGACAGGCAAAUGGAAUUUCUUUACAAUCAUUUGGCAACCAAUCGAAACAGUGAAUUACGGUGAAGUUUCGUAUGAAAUUCGAUAUUUGAAUCAAACAGUCGUUGAAAAAAGACCGUUCUUCGAAAUUAAAGACGAUAAAAUACCAGCUCACAGCCAAUUGAAUGUAACAAUUAAGGCGUUUACAUACUGGGCAUCAUCGGUGGCGGUUAAGAAAAUCGUAUAUUCACCAUCGGCACCGCCAUCCGAACCAUUGGAACCACGUCUUUUUGUCGAACACGUGCAUAAUCCAUUGAAGGAUGAUUUGGACAUUGAUGUGAUCUUCCGAUGGAAUACUCCGAAAUCAGUUAAUGGGCCUCUAAUUGGCUAUAAAAUACAAUGUUGGUAUGUAAAAGACAAUAUCCAUCACGAGAAGUACAAUGAUUAUGAAAUGCAACCCGGAAAAAAUGAGAAAUACAUCGAAAAAGUAGAGAAAAAUGCCACAUUCUACUGUAAAGUAAGAGCCGAAACACGUGCCGGCGUUGGAAAUUAUUCAACAUUGAUGAGUAUCAAUACGCAAAAUGAGAAUCCAAUUCCACGCCUUUUUGCCGCCCAUAAUGAUACAAUUUAUAUCGUUGAUUUUGAUUUGAAGCUCCAUAAAUCAUAUGUGAAUACUGGUAGCAAAGUACAGCAUUUCUGUUACAUUGCAUUCAACAAAGAGUUAUUUUGGACUAAUGAAAACAGCGAGUUAAUAAUAUACAGUCGAGACGAUCGCAAGAAGUUGUAUUCCAUGAAUGCACUGGUGCUUUCGUUGACUGUUGAUUGGAUCGAACGAAUUGUUUACUGGUCACAGUUAGAGUCCAAAGGUAGCACGAUCAACGCAUUCAAUUUAUAUACGAAGGAAUCGAAGCAAAUUGCUCAAUCGCCGUAUCUCACGGACAGUUUGAUUGUAGCUCCAAUGAAUCGGCAACUUUUUUGGAUAUACAGUGAGACCGUCAGUUCAAUACAUGGAUCAUUGGCUACAUAUAAUUUUGAUGAAGAAGAACCUUCAACAUUUUUGAAUUUGGAUGACGAGCUUAUCGUUAUAAUGAAUAAACAACUAUUUCUAGGACAUGAGAAGAAAUUGUUUUGGUUAAGUGAAUACUAUAAUUUGAUGUCUCUCGAUAUUCAAAUGAAAUCAUCAACCUCUGUGAAUUUUACAUAUCAAUCGAAUAUGAUGGACCUUAUUUACGAUGGUGGUCGCAUUUACUGGACGCACAAUAACAAAAUUUAUGCCGAAAAUCAAUUGGAACAAGAGCCAUACGAGCAUAUUUUUUUCUAUAAAAUGAAAAUCUUAGCGCAUUAUCGACAGUAUUAUCCGUCACUUCACUGUUUGCUUCCAGAUUUUAAUAAAAUGGAAAAUUUCGUCGCCAAAGAAAUAAUAGAUACAGCGUUGUUGCUAAAGUUACCGGUUCCAAAAUUAUUUGAGGGAUGUUCGUUCGUACCAAUGUUUUGGACUUAUCAAAUCAUGUACACACAGUUACAAAAGGAGAAUCCACAAUAUUGUUCACCAAGUACAUGUCACAUCAUCGAAACAAAUCAUCAAGAGAUUACAAUUAACAAUCUAAAGCCAUUUACCAGAUAUCAGUUUCAAGUGAGCAUGAGUAAUUAUUAUACAGUGAAUACGAACAUGAGUAUUGAAUUUUCGCGACCACUAAUAUUCAAAACAAAAGUUGGCGCACCGUCUCAAGCAAGAAUAACUGAGUCACGAUUGAACUGUGAACCGAACUUAUGUGAAAUCCAGCUUAGUUGGUUACAACCCAUUGAAAUAAACGGGCCAAAAAUUAUAUUCUAUGAGGUUCAGUAUACAACAAAGAACAAAUUUAAAAUGAACAAAAAUCCAUUAAAAAUUUCCGUGAAAGGUGACAUUACUUCAACGAAUAUUAAAAUGCUGCCAAAUCAUCUGUAUAUUGUUUGGAUUCUGGCCUACACGGCUGAAGAAUUAUAUAGCAAAAGUCGCCCAUUCACCAUUUCAACCCCAGAAAUCAUUAAAUCGGAUCUACCGACUGCCCCAGGCAAACCAUGUGUAAUGACCCAAAACAAUGAGUAUGAAGUUAUUUGGGAAGCGGUCAAAAGUAACAGUGCUAUAGAAUAUAGCUUGGAAGGAAUUCGAACGGUUAAUGAAUCAGAACCAAUAGUAAACUCAUGGACUGUUUUCUACAGAGGAGCAGAUACAUGUUGGAAAGUGAAAGGUUUGGAAGAUAUUGCAAUGUAUUCGUUCCGAGUAAAAGCACGAAACGCCUACGGCUGGAGCGAAUACAGUCUACUCAGCGAACGAAUCGUUCCAGCGCUCACAAUAAAUAGGAUACAUAUUGCUGUAUUCACAUUGACCGUGGUCAGUAUUUUGAUUGGAAUAUGCAGUUUUUGUGAUACCAAAAUGUGCCCAUUUUGUGAAGAGUUUUUCUAUGUGAACUUAGAUUUCAUCAAUCACAUUUGUCAUGACAUUGAUUUUCGAAAUGUUGUACAACAUUUGGAAUUAUGCAUUUCCAAAUUGAAAGCUAUGAAAGAGGAAUGGACAAGUUCAUUUCUGAGAACUGCGUUGAAACCAUAUUCGGAUUUUGAACCUGACUGGACAUCAUCACCGUCAGAAGCUCAAAAACGAUCUCAACAACAAUGUGAACAAGAGCCCAUGGAUGUAGACGAAAAUGACACCGAUAUUACCGAUACAUUAUAG